AUGUUCGCCGCGCUCGCCGCGAGCGAGGACGACGACGACGGCGACCUCUGUUCCGUCGACGAUCGAUACCGCGACGCCCAGAGCGCGUCGUCCUCGUCCUCGAGCUCGAGCGCUGUGGAAGAAGACAACAGUUCCUCGAGCGACGACGACGACGACGACGACGACGACGCGCCGCUCUGGCGCUGGUCCACCGGCCGCGACGAUGGCGUUGAUCGUCGCGUCGAUGGUCAGCGCGCGUCGAGACCGAAGCUCGCCCCGGGGGAGAAGAGGACGCUGCGGAAGUUGAGCGUCGCGACGAAGCGCGCGAAACGCGCGCGCAGGGACGGAUUCGACCCGAGGGAUGCGUUGGAGGUCAUGCGCGCGGUCGUGGAGAGCGGAAAAAGUGUGCGAAUCGUGUGCGCGAAGCGAGGGUGGGUGGCGAAGGCGCAGGGACGGGUGAUAGGUAGACUCGCGCGGGCGCUCGGCGUACGCGCCGAGUCGCGCGCGAGAGCAAAGCGGAAAACGUACGUCAUCGAACGCGUCGACGGUGAGAGCGAGAUUCCGAGCGAUGGGAGCGAGAAGAUGCUAGAGAUCGAGAGCGUGUGCGCGGCGCCGAUGACGCGAGAGGAAUAUCUCGCGAGCGACGAACGGCGGGCGCGUCUGGAGAAGCGCUCCGCCGGUCUGCAAAAGCAGCGCGGUCGGAAAAAGGAUCGAGGACGUCGAUGGAGGUACGAAGACGACGAGACAUCGAAACGAGACGAUGUUAUCGAUUUUGAGCGCGAGCGAAUCGAUUCAACCCGCGUCGGCGGAGAAUCGACGCCAUCCGCGGCGGGACGGUCGGCGUCCGACGGUAUGGGUGCCUUUGAGGCGCACACGCGAGGCUUUGGAAGUAGAAUUCUCGCGCGAUUUGGAUUCAAACCGGGAUCAGGUUUGGGCCGAGAAAAUCAAGGCAUCGUCGAACCUCUGAGCGCGGAGACGAGGGCGAAGCGCGCCGGUCUCGGGGCGUAG